AUGGCAUACCCCCACCCACACAUUGCCCAGUUCCAAACAGCCGAUUCACCACAAGGCUACCGCCCCGAGCCCAAUCCCACCCAAGUACUCAGUCAGGUACAACGCAUGCUUGAGGAACAAGACCAAGACAAAGACAGGGCGAAUCCUCUACAAUCCUUCCAAAUCCAACCAGGACGCCCACCACCACCACCACCACCACCAUCAUCCUUCGACCGCGAAGCCUGGCUCGCCACCCGCCCAACCAUCGCCGACCUCAUCGCCCCCAGACCACUUCCCCCACCUCCACCCAUCCCACCCUCCAAAACCUAG